AUUUUAGACCCAUUCGCAAUAACUUUGACUGAACUAUUGGGUCUCCGCACCUGGAACUGCGAUGGGGGAGGAAGAGGGAGCGGUCAAACCACGAGCGGAACCGCAAUCAAAUCAGGCGUCGGAGAAAGGUGUUGUUUUAAAUGCGACAGACAGUAAAAAUUCGAUGGAGUUGGAGGAUGAAAAGGAGUUACAAACGCCACCUUCAUCACCUACGAACGGGCGAAAUAAUCGGCCUAGUCUGUUCUCCCUGGCGCAAGUCUCUUCGAAGUUAGGAGAACUUUGGUCGACGGCGAGGGAAAGUAUCUUUGGAGAAGAUUACUGGAUCCCAACCGAUCCCAGCGAAAUCACUUUAUUUCCAUUGGAGCUUCUUCGGGCACAUAAGGUUGUUUUUCCCACCACUGAUCAUAGAUCUUUAUUACGAGUUGUCCAAGGAUCAUGUAAAAACAAACCAGCGGAGCCUCUACAUCACGUUGUGUUUUCCUUGACCGAGUCUCCAAACUCUCCUGCCUAUAGUUUGUUUCGGGCCAGUGCUGUGGAAGAUGCUGUGGAUCUUUGCCGUAGAUGUCUGGAGUGUUACAUCCUAUUUAGACUUAUAGAUCGAUCGAACGACGCAAAGAAAUCCAUUCAAGACUUGAUGGCGAAGUUGAAGCAGUAUCCGCUGUAUCGAAUGAUCCAUAUUGCGAUAGCAUGCGAUCGUCAGGAUCUUUUUACUGAUGCAAAUGUCGAAUAUCUCAAGACUGUGAACACUCCAUUUCAAAGUCUGAUGAAAAUAAUGGUGCAGCCAGAAGGAAAGUAUCCUCUACUUUUGGCCAUUGAGAUGCAUCGCUUGAAAAUAGUGCGAAGAAUGCUAACGUUGGGUGCAGAUCCUCUCGUCAAAGACAUCAAUGGGAACAAUGCUAUCCACUAUGCCUCUCUUGCCAGUGUGCAGAUGCUCGAGCUUCUGUGGGAGUUCGAAGGCUGUCAUGUGCUGCUGAACCAGACUAAUAAUGAAGGCUAUGUGCCGCUAAUGUUGGCUAUACGAGCAGCGAAUCCACGAUGUUUUGCUACCUUGUUGAACUUUGGUGCGGAGCUAAGUAUGCGCGUGCAAGGACGUAAUCCUUUGUUUGAAGCCAUGCAGAGUAAAGGAAAGAACACUGACAUCAUCAAAGCCAUUCUCGAAGCUUCUCCCGACCUUGUUGCCGAACGAGACUCAUCAGGCAACACUGCUUUGCAUGUUGCUACGCACAAAACACCUUUGAUGGGCUUGUUAUUGCUGAAGUGCAAGGAUGUGGACUUGAAUGCUAGAAACAACGCUGGUCAAACGCCACUUCAUAUAUUCACACACAAAGGUGAGAUUGGAUUGAUGAUCACCUUACUUUCAUAUGCUUGCGACAUAGACUCACAGGAUAAUGAUGGAAAUACGGCUCUACACGUUGCAGUCUCGAAAAGAAAUUUAGAGGCUACAAGGCUUUUGCUUUGCUUGGGAGCUGAUCCCAAUAUCAGCAAUAGUCAUGAGGACAGUCCCCGACAUCUGGCUGCACGAUUAAGAGAAAAGUCGAUAUUGGACGCGCUAAUAAAAUGUGGUGCGCGAACUUGUGGACCGAGUAAAGUGGGAUGCGUGUCUGGGUGCGUUAACGGGGCGAUGGUGGGACUACUGAAGUCAUCAGCUUUGUCUGAUUCUGAAAGCCCGCGGUCAAGCAGCACUGCACUUUCAGCUCAAGAUUAUCCGGCUUCUGUCGACGUUGACCAUCCGAUAAGAGAUUAUAUCCAAAAGAUGUUUUAUGAACAGCUUAUGGCUCGCCUUGAAGAUCUGGCAGCUCGUCAUGAGAAGCCUACGAAUAUGGUCAAUCUUUUGUCUUUGGACGGGGGUGGGAUUCGAGGACUUGUCAUUCUUCAGACAUUGAUGGCUAUCGAAAGGGAACUAAAUGAACCAAUCUUCCCAUUCUUCGACUGGGUGGCGGGCACAUCUACCGGUGCAUUGAUCGCUACGGCUCUUGCUCAAGGCCGAACAUUGAGAGAAUGUCAGCAUAUCUACUUACGAUUCAAAGAUUUAAUCUUCGACGGAUGGACGCGACCUUACAACGCCUCUGUGCUCGAAAUGUUCAUGAAAGAGGCAAUCGGGGAAAAAUCCUUAGACGAUAUCAAAUAUCCAAGGCUUCUGAUCUCAACUGUAAAAGCAGAUUACUUCCCAGUCAAACUGGAGUUUAUGAGAAACUAUCGCUUGCCGCUUUCUGAUGAAGAAAAUAUGGAAUUAGGAUUUGUUGAUCCAGCAGACAUUCCCGCUUGGAAAGCAUUGAGGCGAACUUCGGCCGCUCCUAUGUUCUUUCCUCCUGUGGAUGACAAGUAUAUAGACGGUGGUAUAAUCGCCAACAAUCCAGCCCUCGAUCUCCUCGCAGAAGUGCAAUUAUAUAACGGAAUACAAACUUAUCUGCGACGUCCAGAAAAUAAAGUGGAAAUUGGAUGCGUUCUGUCCUUAGGAACUGGUCAAAUACCGUUGUCGCCGUUGGAUCCCUUACAUGUUGAGAUCAUGAAUCCCAUCUCGAGUGCCUUCACUUUCAAGAAUCUUAGUCUCAUCCUUGUCGAUCAGGUGACAGCAACCGAAGGAGCUCCCGUUGACCGUUCAAGAUCUUGGUGCAAUGCAAUUGGUGUGCCAUUCUUUCGUCUCAGUGCUCCUUUACAUAAGGACAUUGGACUAGGAACAAAGGAUGACCACGAUAUAGCUCAUAUGAUGUGGGAUUGUGUAGAGUACACUCACAAGCAUCAUGCUUACAUCGUGAAGAUCUGCGCUCUUCUGAAGCGCCUUGGUAAAACUCCAGUGGAUUGUCCGUUAGCAAUGCCUAUAUCAUCUGUCGUAAUGGAGAUAGAUACAGAGUUGCAUGCUCGUGCUGUGAUCACAUCUAUUGUCUUCCUCGUUACUAUCGUGAUGUAA